AAAUAAAAUCACCAUUCAGAGGGAGGGAAGGAAGGAAGGAAGAAAAUAUCAGAUUCUAAAUCGAACUCAUCUCUCACACGGUUAUAAAAGGGUCUUGGUGUGGUUCAGUAGCAGUGUUUCUCGAAUUUCUUCAUUUGCUGUCACAUUUUUGGGAAAGGGAGGCCUUGUGCGUUUCCAUUGUUUGAGGGUUAUUGAAGAUCUUCAUAUCCAACACAACCACUAGCCACCAAAGCUGUUGUUAGAAGGAGAGAAAUGCUGCUCAGGAGCUCUUCAACACCUAUUCUUGGUUCCCUCCUCCCAUGCCAUUCAGAAAGUCCUAACAACAACCUUUCUGAUGCAACUGCCAAACACCCACCGAGCACCAUUUAUCAAGCUCAUAACAAGCUCUCACUGCAUCAGACUGGGUCUUUGAAUCUAUCCCCAGUUUCUUGUAACUCCUCUCCCAUCUCUCCGUCUGUUAAUGCUGGCCAUAGAGGCUUUCGAAGAGCUCAAUCUGAUGGGAAUUUGAAGGGCCUGGCUUAUGCAUCUUGCAACAACAAUGAUGAGCUUAGUGCCCCAAACCUUUCCAAGAAAUCUUCGAAAAGACCCAGUUGCUCAAUGUUGCAGACUAUACCAUCUUUCUCAUUUUAUGGUUUAAGUCGCAUGAAUGAGGAAGAAGAGAAUGAUGAGGAAGAAGAGGGAGAGUGGGAAGAGUUGGAAGACAAUGAUAGAGAGAGAUUCAUGGCUAUGGGAGAUAGGGAAUUGACCUUCGAAAACAUAAAAAUGAUGGGCAUUAGGGAGAAUGGAAGUAGGAAUGUGGCUUUUGAAGAGGAAAAGGAGGUGGUUGGUUCAGAAAUUUACUUUGCAAGAGGACCUGGUGUGAGUGGUGUUGACUUUGGGGGCGGCGGUGGUGGUGGUGGUGGAGGGGAUUUUACUCCAAGAGGCUCUGGUGGGGAGAGCGGCGAUAGGCCAGGAGUGGAAGAGUAUUACAAGAGGAUGUUGGAGGAGAAUCCUAGCAACCCUUUGUUUCUGAGGAAUUAUGCUCAGUUUCUAUAUCAGUCAAAGCAUGAUCUCCAAGCAGCGGAGGAAUACUUGUGUCGUGCCAUUCUGGCAGAUCCAAGAGAUGGUGAAAUCUUGUCUCAGUAUGCAAAGCUAGUGUGGGAGCUCCACCGUGACCAAGAUAGAGCUUCAAGCUACUUUGAACGGGCCGUUCAAGCUGCCCCUGAAGAUAGUCAUGUCCAAGCAGCAUAUGCUAACUUUCUUUGGCAAACAGAGGAGGAUGAUGAUGAUGGAACAUGUCAUGUGGAUGCCAUGCCAACACUUCUCCAUGGAGAAGCCAUGGCUUCUGUGAUCAGUUGAAUUUCUGCAGUGAGUAGUUAGCAUGCCACUGAAUAAGGGGAGUCAUUCUAGUGAUAUGGAAUGUGUAUGAACAUCAUCUCAUGGUAUGCAAAUAAAUAAAUAGUCAAUUUUAUAGCUUAAGUACUACUUGCUUAGCAUCACAGUACAUUUAGCCUAAGAAUUUUUUUUUUUUUUUUGUUUUAUUUUCCUACUGGUGUUGGGCCAAAGGAAAGCUUUAGUAAAAGGGGUGAUUGCACCAA